GGGCAAAAAGCCGACAGAAAAGUCAAACAAACCGAUCAUUAGAGGUCUACCACUCAUCAAUUAUACCAUGUCAAACGUACCUGACUCUGGGAUGGACGAUAUUCAGACAGAGGAUGUCUCUGUCUACUUUACCUAUGACAUUCAUAGUCCCCCAAUAAAGCCAUCCAACGACGGGCAAUGGAAGUGGACAAGAUUUGUAUGCAUUUCGGAUACACACUGCAACAGGUUCAAGGUCCCAGAUGGGAAGACUCCGACAAAUGCUUACAACCACAAACUGGCUCAAGAGUUUGCGUCACCCACACAAGUU